GUUUGCAAUUGGCGGGCAGCUGUGGCUGAUGGCUUAUCGAUAGGAACUGUGGCGGUGCAACGAUACAUUUCGGUAGUCAUGCAGCAAUACCGUCGAAUAUCUGAUGGGGCCCAAUUAAUGCCCACAUAUAUGACUUCAUAUGGAGAGUUGAGGAGAUGAUUGCUUAGGUAUUACCAUCUUACCGCAAGUAUAUCGCGCAUCGUUUACUGUUAGAACAAGUAUCACGUGGCGAUAAGAUCCAUCCGAUAAGCCUUUGGAUUUGCGCUUCUUUUUGCCCGUCGCGGUCACCACUCCAGCAUUCGUGAAUCUCCACGCUUUUCUUCCCCCCCAAAACCACUGCAGGCCCCAGUGGUAAACACACAUCCAACAUGUCAUCUCCUCUGGUUCUUCUCCCCGGGGACGAGAUCCCCUCAGAAUACCUCCCAUCCACCAAUUCCGCACCAUUGAGACUUGGCCCCGGUCUCCGUCUACUUUCGCAACCGCCUUCUUCUUCCCCUCAAGCAUCAUCCUCCCCCAGCCAUGUCCUCACAGCCACGCAAGCCGGCAUUCUAUCUACAGACACCAAGCGGAAUGCUGUAUCUAUCCUCUCCACUCCGAAUCGCCGCUACAUCCCUACCGUUAAUGACCUGGUCAUCGCACAGGUCCACCACUCCAGUGUGGAUUAUUUUCACUGCAUGAUCACUCCGCAAGCGCCCCAUGCAGUACUAGGACAGCUGUCUUUCGAAGGCGCGACGAAGAAGACCCGUCCUAUGCUGAAACAAGGAGAUUUGGUUUACGCGCGUGUGCUUUCGGUCGGCCUGGGUGCGGGCGCGGAGGUUGAGCUGGCCUGUGUGAACCCUGCGACGGGCAAGGCUGAACCUGGAGGACUCGGUCAAUUGAACGGGGGAAUGGUGUUUGAUAUCUCUACUGGAAUGGCUGCGAGGUUGAUGAGGGCAAGCUCAUCUUCUUCUGAAUCACAGGAGGGUGUGGCCGGGUUGGUGGUGUUGGACGAACUGGGCAAGAAGCUGGAGAAAUCGGGCGGCUUCGAGAUCGCCGUGGGAAGGAACGGUAAAGUCUGGGUCGACUGUUCUAGUGGAGGUGAAACUUCGGUCAAGGCGACGGUAGCUGUUGGACGGUGUCUGACUACGAUUGAUGAGCAUGAUUUGAACCCGGCGGAUCAGAAGAAGUUGGUGUCGAGGAUAUUGCGCGAGAUGAAAAUUGAGGUAUAGAUGUGCUUUGUCUCUUAAUGAUUGAUCGUGUGAUAAUACCAUGCAUUGUUUGAUGAUUCUUUGCGAGCGAUGAGUGUAGCAGAAAUGCAGGUACUUGAUGUACAUACAUGGGUGUGUUAUCCUGGGCCUAGAAUUGAGUAGUAGAAAACUAUGACCAGCAGAGCAAGCUCGUCGAAUGAGAUCUAAUUCCUCAGGG